AUUUAGAAACGCGUUCACGCGUUCAAAAAAGAUCAACAAGACUUUCCCUGUGUUGCCACCAAAUUGACUAAGCCGUUCCUCUCUAAGUUCGUUGCCACCAACUCACCUAUUCAUCUUCUCAUCCCGAUUCCCAAACAUUGUCAACUAACACUUCCUCAUUCGCGCCAUCCUUCUCUUUCAUUCUCAACCUCGGGUCUCCCAUUCAUCAAAACUUGUGAUUCGUGCUCGUCAUGAGACUUAGAGCCAAGAUACAACGAGACCUCUUAUUCUUCAAAAUCGCCCAGGCUGUGGAAAAGAUCGGACGGUCGUGCUUUCUCAAAUUCACCCCUGACUUUGUUGCCUUCGGGGCUAUCCACGGCCUAGGCGACAGCGAUCCCACUACUGGGGGUGGGUCUAUCCAAUGCUGGUCGAGGCUACCCAAGGAGAGUUUGUUCCACGAGUACAAGAUCGAAUCCAAUUCAAAUAACGAGAUCUAUUUGGAGAUGAAGGUCGAGGAUAUGAUACUAGCGAUGAGAACGUGCAACAAUGCCUCUGCGAUAGUAAUGCGCAUGACAGGACGGUCCGCAGAUGCCUACCUUACCUUCACUAUCACGACUGAGGAUCAUCAAGGGAAUUCACGACCUAUCACUCAGAACGUCCCGAUCGUCAAGAUCUUAACAGCAGAUGGAGCAAGUAAUACAUCGGUUUUCGAUGAGCCCAUGAUUCCGACCCCUGAAGUGCAUAUCAUGCUGCCUCAGCUCGAACGGCUUCGCCAUGUGGCCUCCAGCUACAAAAGCAUCUCAGACUAUGUUGUGAUUUCGGCAAAUCUUGCUGGCGAGAUGGUCUUUACAACAUCGGAUGGCGUACAGCAGCUCAGUCAUUAUGAUUCAGACAAGGAUGGAGGAAUGAUAGCAGCGCACUAUGGUGCCGCUGAGAAGGCACAUGUGGAGACCCGGUUUACGAACCUGCACAACCCUGUCUUGAAGGACGAUGACGAAGAACACCCACAUCUCGAUAGAUUGCGGUCACAGCCAAAGGACUUUGCAAGCGUCUUGGUCAGGGUGUCGGAUCUUCAGAAAGUGCUGCAGAGCCAUUACGUGAAGCCGCUGAAUGUGAUUUGCAGUAUCGUUCCGAGCCAUUCUAUCCUGUUCUACGUCUACUUGAAGGACAACACCCAGGAUGCCACUUUGACGUACUUUAUCCCUGAAAGCGCCAAAUAGCACAAUAAAUGUCCUAUUUCAGCUGCGAGUGUAAUGGAG